AUGCCAAUACUAGGUAGAAAUCCAUUUGUUCAUCAUCAUUCGUCGUCUUCGACGCAUUUGAAUGAAAAUGUAGAUUCGAAUGGUUCUUCUCCAAACAGAUCAGGAAAUACAGCUAAUAGCAAUUCUAAUAAUAAUAGUAAUAAUAAUAAUCAUAGCCAUGUAACUCAACCACCUAUUAGAAGAAGUUCGAAAUCUUUCUUAAGUUUCAUGAGUAGGAAACCUUCAUUAGAAUCUAUUAGAAGUGAAAAAUCAACAGAUUCAUUAGUAAAUAGUCCUACAUCUUCUCAUGUUAUGAAUUCAAUGCAAGACAGUCAUCAACCACAACAUACUCAUAAUUUAAGCCAUGGUCAUAUGCAUGAUAACCAUAUGUCACCAAAACCAACUCAUUCAAUGGUAGAAUUAAAAAGAUUUUUCAGAUCUUCAAAAAUUUUAUCGAUGACUCAUGGUCAUAAUAAUAAUAAUAAUAAUACUAAUAAUAAUCAUUUACAUGGUACACAUGGUGGUAGUGGAAUUAGUAGUUCAACAACAAACGUACCAUCAAUGUCAAGACAUACACCGACUCAUAGUAAAGGUUCUUCUGUUAAUAAUCAUCAUCCACAUUCAACAACACAAUUGAAUUUGAAUUCUCAUUUUCAAAUGACAGCCAAUGACCACCAUGGUCAUACUCAAUCUGCUAUACCACCAAGUUCUGAUUCAGUACUAUCUUUAUCUAAUACUAUUAAUAUUUAUCAUGAUGAUACUAUUUUGGCUCAAAAAUAUGGUAGACUUGGGAAAACUUUAGGGUCAGGUGCAGGUGGUUCUGUGAAAGUUUUAGUUAGACCAUCAGAUAAUGCAACUUUUGCCGUUAAAGAAUUUAGACCAAGAAAAGCUAAUGAAUCUGUAAAACAAUACGCAAAGAAAUGUACCGCUGAAUUUUGUAUUGGUUCUUCCUUACAUCAUCCGAAUAUUGUAGAAACUAUUGAUAUUUUUUCAGAUUCUAAUCAAUUUAAAUAUUUUCAGGUCAUGGAAUUUUUACCAAUAGAUUUCUUUGCAGUUGUUAUGACAGGUCAAAUGUCUAGAGGUGAAAUUAAUUGUUGUUUAAAACAAUUAUGUGAAGGUGUAAGAUAUUUACAUUCUAUGGGUCUUGCUCAUAGAGAUUUAAAAUUAGAUAACUGUUGUAUGACUGAACAUGGUAUCUUAAAGAUUAUUGAUUUUGGUAGUGCUGUAGUAUUCAAAUAUCCAUUUGAAGAUGAUCAAAGAACUCAUAAUGCUCAUGGAAUUGUUGGUAGUGAUCCAUACUUAGCUCCAGAAGUUAUCACCUCUACAAAAUCUUACGAUCCACAAGCUGUGGACGUUUGGUCCAUUGGUAUAAUAUUCUGUUGUAUGAUGUUAAAGAGAUUCCCAUGGAAAGCUCCAAAACUAUCAGAUGACAAUUUCAAAUUAUACUCUAUGCCAGAUGAUAUCGAAAGAGAUUAUACGCAAUCUGCUAAACAUCAUGAACAAUUAUUAUCUGAAAGAAGAAAACAUCGUGAAAGAAUGAAUCAUCCAGAACACUGCCCAGAUGAUGAAAAGAAUGAUGAAAAAUGUAAUAAUAAUGAUCGUGAGGAACAAACUACAAAGGGAACUACAAACAUUAAACAAUUACCUACUCCACAAGAAGAAGAACUUCCAAAUAAUGAUAAUAAUAAUAAUAAUAAUAAUAAUGACCAACAGGAACAUCUGAACACUGUUCCUGAAGACGAACAUGAUAAAGGUGAAAAAUCAAUCUGUAAAGAUACUAAUGAUAACAAUAACACUGAAAAGGUUAAGAUUGAUGACCAUAAUGACAAUAAGGAACACCAGCACUCAACUGACACGGAAAAUAAUGACAAUAAUCAAACCCUACAACAUAACGAGACUGCACAAGAUAAUAAGUCUAUAUCAUCUAGCAGAACUGCCGCUACGACACAUACUCAACAUAACGGACAUCCUCAUAAGAGGGUAAUACACGGACCUUAUAGAUUAUUACGUUUAUUACCACAUGCCUCUAGACCUAUCUUAUCUAGAAUCUUGGAAAUCGACCCAAGUAAGAGAGCCACCCUUAAUGAGGUAUUCGAUGAUGUUUGGUUCGAUGAAAUUCCAUGUUGUACUAUGGACAACAAGAAGACCAUCGUUAGAGCCCAUGGUCACCAUCACACAAUUGUGAGAGAUGGGAAGACCUUUAAAAUUUAA